UGAAAUGAAUCCCAACGAAGAAAGACUAUUUUAUGCUUGGUUUCCAGCAAUUUAUCUUGGUCAACUAGGGAUCGAAUCUUUCUUGCUUCAAUAUAAGAAAUCAAACAACAGCGAUGUUAAAAUUGUCGUACGUGGCCAUCAGAUUCAGUCUCAGCCUCCAAAUUCGACUGAAAGAGAUUUUAUCUUGUUGGAUAAAGUUGAUGCAUUCCAUGACAUGGGUUGGUGGGUCGGAGAUAUUACAAAAGUUCUUAAAGGAAACAAGUAUGCGGUCACUUUAAGUUGCACAAAGCAGGAGAUGGAAUUCAACCUUUUAGAAUUGAGGACUCACAUGGAUUGGAAUGAUGGAGGAUGGGCUACAAUGAGGCAUGGAAGAUGGAUUACUGAAGUUCGGGUACGAUGUAUUUUUUUCCUCUUGUUUUAUAAGGGGAAAGGUGAUGGUCAUUACUUGUUUCUUAUGGGCAAGAUGGUAAUCAUGUUUGAAACAUUCUGUUUCUUGGAAAUGAGGUCAUUAAGAUGUAAUUUUAUUCAGAAAGAUUUAAUGAUGUCCAUGUAAAUUCAAGUUGCUAUGCUGAAGAGCAUUUGAUGGAUUCAAAUUCGUUGUGUGACUAAAAUUCUGGCGGUUAUGUUCAGGAAUUUCACUUUAGAAGGGUUUCUGAAGCACAAUCAAAGCAUUCAUGUCCGAGUUCCAAAAGUGAUUAUAAAUUACAAUCUUGUGAGAGUUUCGGAAACUCUGAUGUAGCUACACCACUUCGAAGGAAAACACCUUGUUCUAGGAUCUCAUUGAUAAUUCAAUCGAAUCACUUGAGUCCUUGCACGGAUAGAUCACCUUAUGGAGAGACCAAAAAGAAACUGAAAAUGUCCCUGCAACCUAAAGAUGAUGCAACAAUUUUUAAGUCUUUACAAGAAGUUAAAAGGUGGGCAUUCAGAAGACUCCUUAUCCUUGGAGAAAUCAUUUCCAAGGAGAACGCCUGUUAAAUCUCUUAACAAAGAAUCCCCAGUUAUUAAUGUUUUGAAGAUUGCGAAACAGAAGGUUAGAGGACUGGAUGAUCAAGCAUUAACUCAUUCUAAAAGAAAAGGCAAGAAAGCCAGUGAAAUCGAAAAGACUGGUGAAGUAAAUGUUGGAGAUAAGCAUGCAAUGGACAACACUGAUUCUUCUGGUAUCAGGUCAGAGUCUGAAGCAACAGGGGGAUCUCAUGCUGGAACAUCAUGUCUGCUCCCUAUGGAGGGGGUUGGACAGAAUGAAGAUGGAGUGAGCAGUGCAGUGGAACGGAAUGGAAAACUGACUGAAUUGCUUGUUGAAUACUCGAAAGAUCCAGCAAUAGGCGAGGAACAUAAUGGCGGUGGAUCUAUGGCUGUGGAUUGCACAAAUGAUGUAUUCGAAUUGUCUAUGAUCACAAGAUUGGAUUUGAAAGGUAUGAGAGGCUAACAACCUUAAAAAUCCACUAAGCACAGUGGAAUAGAACACUGUAGCCUAAAAAAAUAUGCUAGUCACCGGCUCUGAGAUACCAUAAAAGAUAAUGCACAGCAGCAAUUGCAGAAAAGACAGCAAAGGUAAGCGAAGGUAAUUUGGCUCAAUCCCUCGAUACCUUGGAGGGUGCAUUAUAAUUGAUUUAAAUAGUGUACAAUGACUCGAUUUACAAGUAUAAUUAAUAUACAAAUAAUACAUAAAGGGAAUGUUUUAAUAAUAAAGGGAAAUCAGGAAAUCAUGAUGAAAUAGGAAACAAUCUCAAGAGAUCAUGAAGAUAUCAUCUUUCAGAAACAACAUAAAUAUUAUUGAAUCUCAAGAGGAUGAGGUGAUUGGUAGCGCUUCUGAUCCUGUGAGUCAGCAUCAAGAGCCAGAUAUUGUGUCAGUCGGCCUUUCAAAUUAUGCUGUGGAACCAGAAGCUCUGGUAAAUGAUAGCCCGAUGUGUGGUGAGACACAACAUCUUGACCCAGUUUCUCCUGAUCGUAAUGAUGACUUAAAAAAUGUUGCAGAAUUGUCAUUGCAAGUCCAAGCUGAAGAAGAAUCAACCUUCUCCCCAAGUGCUUGGGUGGAAAUAGAGGAGCAUCAGGCCAUGUCCCCAUGUAACGACUCAUCUCAAGUAACCACUUCAGCCAAUGUUGCACCGGCUGGACUGUCAUGUCCUUGUGUCCAUCAUUCUUUGUCCCAGAUGCUGCAAGAAGAAAGUAACGAACCAGAUAAUAUUGAGAGGGAAAUGCUGAAAAUCCUCCUGCUAUUGUGUUCCAAAAGGAUGCACCAAAAGGACUGAAGAGGCUCUUAAAAUUUGCUCGGAAGAGCAAGGGAGAUGCCAAUUUGGCUGGUUGGUCUAGUCCGUCAGUUUUCUCUGAAGGAGAGUUUGAUGCUGCCAGUGUACUCAGAAAGGCUUCGCUUCAAACAAGGAACUCAAUCAAAUAUUAGCAGAUUCGACGGGCAGAGUUCACAUAAGUCACAAGAGAACCGCGAUGCAGCUGCAGGACCUGCAACUAAAGCUGCAACAAGGUCAUUCUUCUCUCUUUCAGCGUUUAGGGGCAGCAAACCAAAUGAGAUGAAGUUUCACUAAUGCUAGAGACUCGUAGAGUACUGGAGUCAGAUUCUUCGAAACUUUCUAUCCUUCCUUCACCGUCAUUGUAGCAUGCAUGAUGCAUUCAUCCACAUGCAGAGACGAGGGACCGUCCCUAUACUUCUGGAAUUUCUUUUUUCUUCUUUCUUGUCGUAAGACUUUGUUUCUGGGUCUUUUGUACAUGCAAUAUAUGCCCUUGUUUCUUUUCAGAGAUUUAAACAGACCCCUGUUCUUAACCCUUAAGCUUAGGAUGUCAAGCAACUAAAGAUCGAUAUAUGUCGAGUCGAUUUUAUUUAUUCUAGGAACAAAGUUGCUUCAUAAUAUAUCCAGUUUCAAGUCUGUAAACUUUGCGUAUAUUGGCAUCAAUACGAAUGUUUUAU